AUGAUGAUUAUAUCAGAGAUCUAUCUAUCUAUCUAUCUAUCUAUCUAUCUAUCUAUCUAUCCUCAUAGAACUGAACCAGACAUUAUUUACACCUAUGACUCUUUCUCUCCGUUCUCUCUUGCUAUCUAUCUAUCUAUCUAUCUAUCUAUCUAUCUAUCUAUCUGUCUUCUCAUUAUCUAUCUAUCUAUCUAUCUAUCUGUCUGCUCAUUAUCUAUCUAUCUAUCUGUUACGCAACGGUGGGGGGAGGACGUAAGGGAGAAGGCCGCCAGAACAAAUACUACAACCGCUACAUCUACUCCGACGGGAAAAAACCUCCGUCUCCUCCACCCCUGUUCCUCCUCCCCCUCUUCCUCCCCGCCUCCUCCUCCCCCUCCUCCAAUCCCCUGCCUCUAUCGAUCCCAUUCAUUUCAUAUCUAUCUAUCUAUCUAUCUAUCUAUCUAUCUAUCUAUGUUCAUUAUCUAUCUAUCUAUCUAUCUAUCUAUGUCUGUUCAUUGUCUAUCACAUUCUUUUCAUUGUCUAUCUAUUCUUUCCAUAUCUAUCUAUCUAUCUAUCUAUCUAUCUAUCUAUCUAUCUAUCUAUCUGUUCAUAUCCCCUCUCUCUAUAGCUCUCUACAUCUCGCUCUUUUGUUUCUCUCUUUUCUCUCUCUCUCCCUCUUUUCUCUCUCUAUAUAUCGCUCUAUCUUCUUUUCUCUCUAUUAAUCACGUUCCUCUUAACAGAUGA